CGUGACUUCAGGUGUGGCGGUUUGAGGAAGGGCAGGUAAAGACUACUAAACUUUGGCGGGUCAUAGGUGUCUUUUUUUCGUUGAACGUAAGUAAACAUAAAACGAUUCUACACACUCUCCAGUUUGAAACAACAGGAAGGAAGACUGGAACCGGAAAAGCUGGAUAAAGCCUGUAAUUAACGUCCAAGAAGUGCGUCUUUCCGUCCGUAGUGGUCACACAACGACCUUUUGCUUUUUCGGGAUAUUUAAAACUAUAUAUUCUUUUGUUUUUGUUUUUGAAACCUAUAACAUUAAUGAACCCUGAUUUGCGCGCGCUCUCGCAGAAAUCUGUAAGUUACUCGGUUGAGAGGCGGUGGAUCAGAAGAAAAGGGAAAUGGGCGAUAAUGACAUCGAAGAGCAAGACGCUUUUCGCGCGCAGAGCGAUGAAGAAGGUGAUAAUCGGGGUGAUCCCAAGAGAAGAGGUCGGAGGGUCGAGAAGUUUCAGAAGCAUGUUUCUAGAUGGAUGCUUCCCGAGGAGCUGCGGGAGACGUAUUUGGAGCGAGCCAACUGCUGCCCGCCGCCAAUCUUCAUCAUCCUCAUCAGUUUAGUGGAGUUGGGAGUGUUUAUCUACUAUGCAGUAUGGAAGCCUCAAAAGCAGUGGGUAACGCUGGGAGUAGGGAUCUGGGAGAGUCCUCUUACCUAUAAGCCUGAACAGCGGGAGGAGGCUUGGCGGUUUUUAUCCUACAUGUUUGUACAUGCCGGUGUGGAGCAUAUCUUGGGAAACCUGAUAAUGCAGCUUUUUCUGGGCAUUCCUUUGGAGCUGGUGCACAAGGGAUUUGAAGUCGGCAUGGUCUAUAUGUCUGGGGUCCUUGCAGGCUCUCUCGCCAGCUCCAUUUUUGAUCCUUACAGUGCUCUUGUGGGAGCUUCUGGUGGUGUUUAUGCACUCAUAGGAGGUUACUUCAUGAAUGCUGUGGUGAAUUUCAGGGAGAUGAUGCCACUUCUGGGAGUGUUUCGCAUCUUAGUGAUUGUUCUGAUUGUUGGAACAGAUGUUGGAUUUGCUAUUUAUAGAAGAUUCAUUACCCACGAGGCUGGUAUGAAGGUCUCCUUUGUGGCCCAUAUUGCCGGUGGGGUAGCAGGCAUGACCGUCGGUUAUGUGUUUUUCACCAACUACAGUAAAGAGCUUCUGAAGGACCCACGCUUCUGGUUGUGCAUUGUGGGAUACAUCGCCUUCUUCUUUUUUGCUGUCAUUUUCAACAUCUUCUUGUCCCCGGCACCUGCGUGAGGAGGAAGUCACGCAUCAGUUUACAACGGACAAUCAUAGCUUUUUAAAAGGAGCGGGUCUCAGGUCAAUGUCAGAAAAUCCUUUUGGUUUUUAAAGACUCAUAUGCUAAUGCACUACACACAUAAAGACAGACUUAUACUAUUCUGUAAUUUAUAUCCAAGAUAAUGUAGUUUCUCAGGAACAAAGACAAGCUUAAUAUUAAUUUUUUUGUACAUAUUUGGUGGGGCCAUUUAUUUUAUAUUCACAAAUUACUGAGCCCUUUUGAGAGUAGUCUACAACUUGCUGUAAUUUUAUAAAAGCUACCUAAAUGUCUAAUUUUUUUGGUUUGAAUAUUGAUGUCAUCACAAUACCAGUAGAGGGCAACACUGAUCAAUAUGUAGACAGACCUCAACCUGAGGUCACGCUAACGUAGUUUAAUUGCGGUAUUGCGUAAGUUGUAGACCUUUAAUCAAUAUAAAAUUGUGUCAAAUCCAUAUGAAUGAUAUGCAUCUACGGUUACCUUGGAUAUUUAUCCUUGAUUAUCAAUUCAUUAAGAUUCAGAAAUGCGUUGAAGUUUGGACAUGUGCUGUUAAGUUGUCAUUUAUAUAAAAAAUACUGUACAAGCAUUUUAAAA